AUGAAAGAAGUGAGCUAUAAGGACAGAGAUAGGUACGCGAAGGAGGAUGUAACUGUUACAGUUACUUGCAAACCAAAACAAGUUUAUCCCAGUUCAGCUACAAACUGGUUUAAUGACAUUUAUCGAAUUCGAUAUAUGUACCCAGAGAAACAUGAGCUAGAAACUGAAGUACACGAUGCAGCAAAAUCUGAUCCUAGUCACCCAGAAAAUAUCCAGUCAGCUACCGUCAAUAAACACACCUCAACAGAAGCAUCAGAGGUCGAACAACAGCUUCCAUUCAAAGAGAAAGAGUCUGAGGAUUAUCAUCUAGAUCUGUCAAAAGAAUGCCAGAUAUGUUUGUCAGUGAUAAGAGAUUCCCUAUUUCAGUUUGAAAUGAUGAACGUGGAAAGUGAUUUUAUCCGCUCUACAGAAAGGGGAGAUCACCGGAAAAGGGAAUUGUUACGUGUCAGUGUGUUACUGGAAAGAUUAAGGAAAUUCUUGCCAAUGGUUGCUGAGGCCGAAGACUGUAUGAAACAGAUGGAACAUUUAAUUAAUAGAAGUUCUUCAAAAAUUGAAAGGUGCUUGCACAUUUUCAAAAUGAACAGUUUUUAUAUUUUUAUGUAAUAUCACAUUUAGCUUACCUUUCUAUGAAUUAUAGAGUUUGACCCCCAAUAUUUUUGUUCAUUACAGAGAUUGUGGAGAAAGCAACUACUGUCAACGUUGA